AUGUACGAAAAAAUCAUUACACUAGAUUCUAUUUCGAUCAAAGAGAUCAAAAGGUUAGAUACGGAGAAGCUCAUCGAAUUUUUGUGUAGGGAAGAGAGUUUGCAUCUUGACAAUGAUGAUUGUAAUAUCCUCCGCGAUGAAAAGAUUUCUGGCCGUGACUUCUUAAUGAUAGCCAAGGAAGAGCUCAUGCAAGAUGGAUUAAGAAGAGGGCCUGCAACGAGACUUGCGGAUUUUGCUAACGAAAUAAAAAAAAAAAUAG